GUUGACGACACCAAGUGACGUUGGACGCCGAUGGUGUUGGACGCCAUGUCCGAUCCGAGUGAGCCAAGUGACGAGAAGCUGAUUGAGAUUCAGGUCUGUGGUCUCCGCGGCGACGAGCUGCUCCUGUCGGUGCCCGGGUCCCUCAUGGGCCACCAAUUCCGCUCGUUGCUCCGCGAGCGGCUCGGGAACUCCCGCGGGACGACCGGCGGGUCCCGCGUUGCGGUGCUGCAUGGAGCGGAGAUGAUGGUGAUGAAGAAGACUUUGAAGGAACAAGGAGGAUCAGUAUAUGAUCACCCCUGGCCAGGGCUCACGGAGGAAUCAAAGGUCUCCUAUGUGUAUUUGCCGCCCGAUUUGAAUGAAGCCUGGAGAGUUCUAUGCGGCUUCUCAGUGGAUGAUGAAGAAAGUGUUUUAGACGGAAUAAAACAGCUGCAGCUUGGCUUCAGAUUUCCUUAGUGGUUUUGGUGUUGUUCCGUUUUCUGCACUGAGACUUGGACUAGCUAUGACUAGCUAGUGUUGCAUAUCAUUGCAGUAGCCAGGCGCAUAUCUUAGGCGUGGCAUUGGCGAUUUGAAAUGUCUGAGACGGUUUCCGGAGAGCCUUGAACUUUUGGAAUUCGAUUACAACUUCAACGAGCCUUUAGAAGGAGUGGAUUGGAAUAGUAGUCUUCAGUGUUUGACCUUCGGCUCUGCGUUCAAUCAGAGCUUGGUGGGAGUAAGUUGGCCCGACAGCAUCAUGAGCCUCACAUUUGUAUCCAGGUCCAGCUUCAAUCGGAGUUUAGAAGGAGUCCUUUGGCCCAGAAGCCUCCAGGAAUUGGCGUUUGGUUUAUACUUCAACCAGAGCUUGAUCGGAGUAAGUUGGCCAAGCAACCUGCAAAGUUUGACGUUCGGGGGCACCUUCAACCAGAGUUUGGCAGGUGUCGUUCUGCCCAGCAGCCUGCAGCAUUUGACCUUUGGAAAACGUUUUAACCAGAGUUUGGCAGGCAUCGCUUGGCCCAGGAAUCUCAAACUAUUGAAGUUUGGCCGAGACUUCAAUCAAUCACUCAACGUAGUUGCUUGGCCAAGUGACCUGGAGAUCUUAGAGCUGGGUGAUCGUUACAACCGAAGUUUGGACCGAGUGGCUUGGCCAGAACACUUGCAAAGUUUGGUCCUUGGGCGUGAUUGGAACCGACCCUUUCACCAUGUGAUCUUACCCAGCCUUCGAAGUCUAACCUUUGGCGCUUAUUUUGACCAGAGUUUGGACGAUGUGACAUGGCCCAAGACCUUGGAAUCCUUGAGCUUCGGCAAGGAGUUCAACAAGACAUUGAAAAAAGUUACCUUUCCUCCCCACCUGCAGAGUGUGACCUUUGGUUUUUGCUUCAACACCAAGUUGGAGCGGAUCCGCUUGCCUCCGAGUGUUGAGAGGAUUGUGCUUGGAAGCCGAUUCAAUCAGCCGCUCGAACGAGUGAUUUGGCCUAACGCACUCCAAAUUUUGACCUUUGGAGAUGAUUUUAAUCAGCCGUUGAUGGAUGUGCUUUGGCCCAACGGCUUGCAGAGUCUGACCUUUGGCUAUAGCUUUAACCAGAGCUUGGACGGAGUAACUCUGCCAAAGAGCCUCCAGACUCUAACAUUUGGCCAUGCGUUCGACCAAAGUUUGUCAGCGGCAACUUUGCCAGACAGCCUUCAGAGUUUAAGAUUUGGCACCGAGUUCAACCAGAGUUUAGAAUGCGUGACUUGGCCAAGUGGCCUCCAAGAUCUGACGUUUGGCAGCAGCUUCAACAAAAGCUUGGAUCAAACACGUUUGCCAAGCAACCUUCAGACACUGACCUUCGGUCAUGGUUUCAAUCAGAGUUUGGUCGGAGUAACUCAUUGGCCCAGUAGCCUCAAACAUUUGACCUUUGGUACCCGCUACAAUUCCAGCUUGCUUGGCGUGACAUGGGGCACUUCGAACCUCCAGACUCUUUCAUUCGGACGUGGCUUCGACCAAAGUUUGCGGAAUGUCCCAUGGCCUCCCAAUCUGCGCAGUCUGACCUUGGCCUCUGCGCAGUAUGACCAGAACUUCGACUUGGAGGAUGUGAUAUGGCCAGAGAGCCUCGAACAUGUCACCUACAACGGCCAUUUGAUGGGUUUGAAAGCUGUGAGAUUUCCUCGCAGCUUGAGGAGUCUCAGUUGUUCUGGUUUGAUCUUGAGGCUAUCUGCCGAAGAGAUCCCCAAAAGCUGAGAAACUGCUGCAAAAA